CUUUGGGCCCAGCUCUCGCGAGACCCGGGUCGCGAGAUGUGCGGGGGCUGUGUGGGCACCGAGUACCCCGAGCGGGGCACCACCUGCCUGGAGGGCGGCUCCUUCCUCCUGAACUUCGUGGGCUGCGCGCAGUGCGGCCGCCGGGACUUCGUGCUGGCCGCGAACCGGGCCGCGGGCCUGCACGACGGGGAGGAGAUCGUCACCUACGACCACCUGUGCAAGAACUGCCACCACCUGAUUGCGCGUCACGAGUACACCUUCAGCGUGGUGGACGACUACCAGGAAUACACCAUGCUGUGCCUGCUCUGCGGCCGUGCUGAGGAUUCCAUCAGCAUCCUGCCCGAUGACCCUCGCCAGAUGACCCCACUCUUCUGAACUGGCUUCCAACCUGGAUUCAAGGAAUGCCCGACACCGGAUGCUCCCGUGUUUCCGGAGCCCUGUGGCUCUGACCCCGGCUGCAGGGAUGGGGUGCAGCGCCACGGCCCGAGCCCCCCGUGUGCUGGAGACAUAAAGGGGACCCCAAAACAGGGUCUGUGUCUCCCCAAAAACAGGAUCGAAAGGGAUUCCCACCCCAUCCCUGCCUCAGGAGGCCUCUGGUGUGGGGCAAUAAAUGUGACGUGUGACAGCUCA